GAGCUGCCCAGCGAAGCGAGGGCGGGAGGACAGCCCCCGGGCCAGCCCACAGACGCUCCGAGGGCGCGGACUUGGCGGAGGCGCCCCAGAAGGCGGCGCCUGUCGGAGGAAGUUUGCCCUUUAAUUGCAGAGCCGGGUCCGCCGUCGCAGGCACCUCCAGGAGCGAGCGCCGAGCGCCGACGAGAGCUGUCAGCGCGGCCCGGCGUGCACCGCCCGCACCGCGGCCAUGGGCGGCUCGGCCUCCAGCCUGCUGGACGAGGGCAAGUGCAGCUACAUCCGAGGGAAAACUGAGGCUACUAUCAAAAACUUCAGUCCCUUCUAUAGUCGCCAGUACUCUGUGGCUUUCUGCAAUCAUGUACGCAGUGAAGUAGAACAGCAAAGAGAUUUAACCUCACAGUUUUUGAAGACCAAGCCGCCAUUGGAGCCGGGAACUGUUCUAUAUGAAGCAGAGCUAUCCCAGUUUGCUGAAGACAUAAAGAAAUGGAAGGAGCGGUACAUUGUGGUUAAAAAUGAUUUUGCUGUAGAGAGCUAUGAGAACAAAGAGGCCUAUCAGAAAGGAGCGACUCCUAAAAGCCGAAUUCUUCCAGCUGGGGGCAAGGUGUUAACCUCAGAAGAUGAAUAUAAUUUGUUAUCUGAUCGGUUCUUCCCCGACCCUAUUGCCUCCAGUGAGAAGGACAACGCCCAGCCCUUCGUGGUCUUGCCCAAGGAAUUCCCGGUGUACCUGUGGCAGCCAUUCCUCAGACACGGCUACUUCUGCUUCCACGAGGCCGCGGACCAGAAGAAGUUCAGCGCUGUCCUCAGUGACUGCAUCAGACAUCUGAAUCAUGAUUACAUGAAGCAGACGACGUUCGAAGCCCAAGCGUUUCUGGAAGCUGUCCAGUUCUUCCGUCAGGAGAAGGGACACUAUGGCUCAUGGGAAAUGAUCACUGGGGAUGAAGUCCAGAUCCUGAGUAACCUGGUGAUGGAGGACCUCCUGCCAACCCUCCAGAUGGACCUCCUGCCGAAAAUGAAGGGGAAGAAGAAUGACCGAAAGAGGGCCUGGCUCGGCCUCCUUGAGGAAGCCUACAACCUGGUUCGACACCAAGUUUCAGAAGGACUAAGUGCCUUGAAGGAGGAGUGCCGUGCUCUGACGAAGGGCCUGGAGGGGACCAUCCGUUCAGACAUGGAUCAGAUCGUGAACUCGAAGAACUUUUUAAUUGGAAAGAUCAAAGCCAUGGUGGCCCAGCCCGCAGAAAGCAGCUGUGCAGAGAACGUGCAACCGUUCUUGGCGUCCAUUCUGGAGGAGCUCAUGGGGCCAGUGAGUUCAGGAUUCAGUGAGGUGCGCUCACUCUUUGAAAAGGAAGUGGAUGAACUUAGCCAGAACUUUCAGACCACCAAAGACAGCGCCCAGCUUAAGGAGCACCUAGACCGGCUCAUGAAUCUUCCACUGGAUUCCAUGAAGAUGGAACCUUGUUACAGUAAAGUCAACCUGCUCCAGGAGCGUUUGCAGGAUCUCAAGAGCCGCUUCCGAUUCCCCCACGUGGACCUGGUGGUCCAGAGGACACAGAACGACAUGCAGGAGCUGAUGGAGAACGCGGUGUUCACCUUCCAGCAGCUGCUUUCCCCACACCUCCAGGGAGAGGCCGCCAAAACUGCAGUCGCCAUCGAGAAGGUUAAGCUUCGAGUCUUAAAGCAAUAUGAUUAUGACAGCAGCACCAUCCGGAAGAGGAUAUUUCAAGAGGCACUGGUUCAAAUCACACUUCCCACCGUGCAGAAGGCACUGGCAUCCACGUGCAAACCAGAGCUCCAGAAAUACGAGCAGUUCAUUUUUGCAGAUCACACCAAUAUGAUUCAUGUGGAAAAUGUCUAUGAGGAGAUUUUACAUCAGAGCCUCCUUGAUGAAACUCUGAAAGUGAUAAAGGAAGCUGCUCUCCUGAAGAAGCACAACUUAUUUGAAGACAACAUGGCCUUGCCCAGUGAAAGUGUGUCUAGCUUAACUGAUCUAAAAACCCCCUCAGGGUCAAACCAGGCCAGCCCUGCCCGGAGAGCCUCGGCCAUUCUGCCAGGAGUUUCACAGAGCGAGACACUGAGUAAUGAAGUGUUCCAAGAGUCAGGGGAGAAGAAGCAGCCUGGGGUCCCUAGUCCAUUGGCCAAAGGAGAAAGCCUGUCUUUCCCUGUCCCCACCCCUCCCCCAGAUGGCACCAGACAGGGGACUCCAAGCACGGAUGACCCUGUUGUGGCUCUUGUGACUACAGAGGACACGGCAGGAGCCCUGGGCACACCCUCGUCAGAGCUGGAGUUUGGAGGGCCUCCUAAGGAUGGAGAACCCACCCACGAAAAGCCAGAAGCCAGCUCUGUCUUGGGCUCCUUAAAGGAGCUCCGAAAUUUGUUGACGGUGACCAUUGAAGUGCCAGUGGAAUCGGCCACCCUCGAGAUGGAGAAUGCUUCCCGUGAAGAGACCCGUGCUCCCCCAGAAAUGGAAAAAUUAGAGGAAACAACCCAGAUCGACACAGAGGCCGAUCAAGCAGUUGCCUCCAGUCAAGACAGCUGUGAAGGGAGCGAAAUCAGUGGCAGGGAGGCCCGUUCUCCCUCUCCGGAGGAGGCGGAGGCUGGCAGGGUGGAGCUGGGGGGGUUGCUGGGGGCUCAGCUGGCCUGUGAAGGGCUCACCGAGGGUGCCAGCAGCGCAGGCCCCCCAGAGCAGCAAGCAGAGGCCGGGGAGCCCACUGAGAGGGAGCUCACAGCAGGGGCUUCCAGACUGGAUGCCCAGGAAGGAGAAGGGGUCGAGGCCAUGGUGGAGGGUGAGGCCAGGCCCCAAGAAGGCUGCAUCUCCAGCGCUCACCCCACCUGCCUCGACAAGAGCCAGGGUUCAGCGGAAGAAGCCCUGGGAGGGACCAGCAGCCUGGCCCAGGCUACCGCUGCCGGUGCGGGUACAGAGAGGGUUAAGCCUGCUGGUGUCCACGAGUGCCAGUGGGUAGUGGAGAGUGCACCAAACUUCGAUCUGCUCGGUUCCCAAGAGGCGGGGGAGAGUAACCUAGGGCAGCCCUCCGAAGAGUGAAAGGGACAAUUUGGCAAAAGUAUUUCUUUGCACAAAUUCAGCCAAAGGUUAAUAGGUGUGGGUAUGCUUAGGGGUUGCACACAAGCUGUUACCAAAAAAAAAAAAAAAAAAUUUUAAGUACUUCCUUAACGUGUGUAAUGAAACCAGAGGAAGUGCACACGGGCCAUGCACACUGAGGCAGACCUUUAUGAACUGAACUGCUCUACCGUGAUUUACAGCUUUAGCAUUUUGGUGGGACGUGUUCAGGGUGAGAGGCAGCUGAGGAUGUUGGAGGGAGGCAGUGGUGUUCCAGUAAAGACGAAGAAAACAGUAGGUGCACAGUUUCCAGUACACUGCAUGUUUUCCUCUAAUGUACUUCGAGGCUUUUAAAUUUUGGGUAGGAAUGCAAAGGUAUAUUGGAAAUCCGGCUUCACCAACCACUAGCAACCUCGCUGGCUCUGAAGGGCUCAGCGUCCAUCCACAGCCAGACUGCGGACAGGGGUCACUGGAAAAGAAGGGCAGUGCCCGAGAGAUGAUGCCCGAGACAGCCCUGGGCAAGCAGAGCAGCAAUGGAGAAAGGUUGCGGUCUGUGGGGCUGUCUGAGCCUGUUACUAAUUCUGCUAUCAAUUUCUUGUUAAUUAAUCACGUUGAUUCUUAUUAAUUAAUCACCUUUUGGGGAAAUUCAGAUGUGGCAAGGAAAUAUUCUUGGCGUGUUUAAGCUUGAAAGCAUUCCAGACUAGCCUUCGACUGGGCAGACGGGCCUUAGCUAAUGGUUGAGUGUAAAAGACUACAGGUUAAACAAGCAUUAUUCGAGUACCUGCUGUAUGCCACGGGCUGUGCUGGGCAUAGUGACAACAGCAACACCAACGAAGGAGGAGAAGGAGGAGGAGAAGAAAAGAUAAAGUGGUUUGUCUGGCCUAAAUUAAACGACCUACAGGAAUUUAAAGGAAAAAAAAUAUGCCAGUUUUCAAACCAUGACAAGUUUGUCUAUCCGUUGAAAUGGUCCUGAUUCAUUCCCAGAAGGGGAACAAAGUGAAUAAAUGGGAAAGAAAGAAAGGAAGGAAGGAGGAAAGAAAAAAAUGGAAAGCCCAGAUGUACAUUGUCAAGUUCCAGUCAAGUUUUAAAGAUGUCACCAAAAGUGGAAAUCAUUUGUUUGGUCAUUCAGUAAGUUAACUGAGCCCCUAUCAUGUUCCAGGUGCUACAGAUACUGUAGUGAAAAAGACUCUGUUCCUCUCUCCUGGAAUUUACAUUUCCAUGGAAAUAGACACAAAUACAUCUCCUCAAUGGAUAGUGACCUAGAAAUGUUAAUGUUAGAGAACUUACUUGCAGAAGAUUAAAAAGCUGUGCUCUGUUAUCCUUCCAAAAAAUACUGUAUCAUUUCCUAGAAGUUUAGUCCCCAGUGGUACCUCUUGACAUUUCCUUCCACAAAUUUUAUUAUCAGAUCCCAACAUACUGUCCUAAAAGCUUGUUUGGUCAUCCUCAGCAAGUUUAUAUCAACUGUUUAGAGAAUUUUUCCCACAGUUUAAUUCUUCCAGCAGGAAUUAAAAUCUCCCUCUGUCCAACUCCCCAUGAAGAAUUUCUAGGUGAGAGGGGCACCUGGGUGGCUCAGUGGGUUAAUCCUCUGCCUUUGGCUUAGAUCACAAUCUCAGGGUCCUGGGAUCGAGCCCCGAAUUAGGAUCUCUGCUUGGCGGGGAGCCUGCUUCCCCCUCUCUCUCUGCCUGCCUCCCUGCCUACUUGUGAUCUCUCUCGGUCAAAUAAAUAAACAAAUAAAUCUUUUUUUAAAAAAGGAAUUUCUAGGUGAUAAAGAAUGAAUAAUAAUCAGUAUCAUUAUAGACUCACAUUGAAUGACAUCUAUGAAGGGUCUCCUUAGAGAGAAAGAAGGUAGAGACCCCUCCUCCCCGGUCCCUGCAGUGCUCACUCUUACCCUUGUACUGAGCUCCAAAUACUGAAAUUGUUUCUACUUCCCAUCUCUUCUGGAGUUUCUCUCUUCAAGGACAGAAACUGGGGUUUAUUAAUCAUGUGUGCUUCCUGCUAGAGAUACACAGCCUUGAGUAAUGGCUCCCUGCCUUCUCAAGUCAUUUUCAUGUCCCUAGUGCCUUGCACAAGAACCAGCUGGUGUCAAGCUGCUCAAGACACGUGAGACCUGUUUACCCCCCUACGCUACUGUGCUGGGGCUAUUUGGGGCUUGCUGUCAGGCAGGGAGACAUUUUUAAUUGGGCUUUCUGCCCUUGGGGAGCCUUCCCUUAGGUCAAGUCCAAAGUCCAAGAGGCAGACAGCCAGAUGGUCAGAUGCGUUGCCUAGUAAGUCUGGAAGCCAAAGGAGGAGUGCGCAGUCCACCAAGGACUGCCCUUCAGGAGAAUGUCAGCAAGCAAGGAGGUCCCAACCUUGCUCCAACCCAUGCUGGAGCUUCCCAGGUUCCUUCCCCAGGUUCCUUCCUUUGCUCACCUCAGGGCUUCUCAGACCCCUUAGAAAAUUAAGAAAUUUUUCCAACCCUGAAAGAAAGCAGAUCUGCAUUGGGUGGAUGACUGUCAGUGCUCUCCAUUUACCCAUCCUGUGGGCCAGAGGGCACUGGGCACUACAUGGUAGGACAUACUUGAGAACACAAAGAAUUUUUCUCUACAUAUUUCACAAAAGACAAGUUCACUAGACUAAGUGGGAUGAUUGUGCCAUCUAAAGAUAAAACAGGAAAAUAAAGUUCAUUAAAAAUAUUUCUUAUUCAUUUUAACAUGCUGAAUGGAGUAACUUCACAUUCCUAUGAGUUUGUCUCAUUUUUAAUAGACUUGUAUAUGUUGCUUCAGUGGCUUCCACAUUAGAGCAAGGUUAUUAUAAUUUAAUUGAUCAGCAUGCAGAUCUCCAGCAGCUGCUCUGGGGAAUCUCUCCUCUAGGCAAAUCCAUUAGAAAUGCAUAAAGCCUCAGGACAUGGUUUUUGGGAAAAAUUCCAUGACUUCAAACGAGUCAUGUUACUAUUGACCUUUAACAAAGAGAAUAUUUGCCUUGAAAAAAAAUUAUCCGUCAUUUUUUUUUUCCUUUGCAGCUUAGAGUGGAGAUAGUGGUGCCUUGAAUCCCGCAGAGAAAACUCUUUAAAAAAAAAAAAAAAAAGGUAUUUUGGACACCACAAGGGUAAGAUUCCAAUCUGUCCAAAAGCUUUUAUAAAGAAUCUGCCUGUGAAAAAUGCAGGUCCCUGGGCCUGAUCUUUUACAUUUUAUUGCAAAGAUUCUCGAGUCUGGUUUUGUAACCCUCCAGACUGAAGUCUGUGAUUUCCAAGGGUUUCACGGUUCUGCCAGAUGAGUGAAUUUCACUCUUUAUCAAAAGUGCUAGGUGCUAUAUGCUCCAUAGCAGUUUUAAUCUGGGGAAGGGAAGGACAUCACUGACUAAAACGAUCAGGUUCGCUAGGCAAAAAAGUUGGCUAUAUGUGUCUUCGUACUUUAGUAUAAGUAAGCGGGUUUGGGGACUUGCCUCCUGAAGUCUGGAACUUUAAGGAUGAAAAUCUGCACUGUGGAUGGGUUUUUCUGGUCACUAUAUAAAGCAAAUAGACUUAAAGCACUUUGUAACCACAUAUUUACUCUGCCAAGUUCCUAUAUUCCAAUAAAAUGUUCAUCCUUGAA